CGUGGAGCGCUCGACGCAAGGAAGACAAGAAGCCAGCACCCGAGACUGCCGCGUCGUAGGAUUCGGCAUUCUAUGCCGCUUUUAACACGGACCAAUGCAUCGCCAUAUUGCACUAAUAUGAACGUCUACAACGCGGCCGCGGCCGUCGUCGACAAGGUCCGGACCAAGCACAGCGGGAUCCGCACGGCGCUGUACGCGCUGCCCAUCUCGCAUGGCCUGCGGCCGACGAUCCAGGCGCUGGCGCAGGAGAGUCUCAAGCACGCGGACGCGCUCGUGGCCGGCGCGACCACGGUCGGGCUCCUCGCCGCCGUCCAAGCCAUUGACGCCACCGAGCGCGUCGACGCGCACCGCUUCAAGGCGCUGCCCGCCUUCUUUCCCGAGAGCCUCGUCAUCGUCUUGGCCUACGAGCUCCUCGUUGGGCCGCGCCGAAAACUCAAGGGCGCCCACGCCGGCAGCGUCGCUUUGGUGCGCGACGCCGAGGCCGCGCUGCGCUCGUUUUUCGAAGCAAAUGCGACGACGCACCCGAAAACAGCGGCCGCCAUCGCUGGCAAAGCCAAGAGCGCGUCCAACGACAUGGCCUUUCCCCGCUACAUUCGCGUCAACACGCUCAAGACGACGGUCGCCAAAGCAAUCGCGGGCCUGACCAAGGCCGGCUUGAAGCCGCACGUGCACGAGACGGUGCCCGAGCUGCUGGUGCUGCCGCCGGGCACCAACCUCCACGGCCACGCGCUCGUCAAGUCGGGCGCGGUCUUUGUUCAGGACCUUGCGAGUUGCCUUCCAGUGGCAGCGAUCCCCGACAUUGGCCGCCACCACAUCGCUGUCGACGCGUGCGCCGCGCCGGGCAACAAGACGACGCAGCUCGCUGCGCGCCUCGCACUCGCGCACCCGACGUCGUCGUCGGUCGUGGCGUUUGAGCGGGCGCCGGCGCGCGCCACGUCGCUCCGCAACACGGUCGCCAAGGCCGGCGCCAACGACCGCAUUACGGUCGUCGAGGCCGAUUUCCUGGAGACCAACAUGGCGCAAGGACCGUGGGCCGACGCGACGCUGGCGAUCUGCGACCCGUCGUGCUCGGGCUCGGGCAACGUCGCCGUCGGCGAGCCGGUGCCCGAGCACUCGGCCGACGAACUCGCUGCGUUUGCCGACCACCAAUUUGCGAUCGUCCAGCAGGCCAUGGCGCUCCCCAAGAUGCAAACGGUCGUCUACUCCACGUGCUCGGUCCACCACGUUGAGAACGAAGGCGUCGUCGCCCGCCUCCUCAAGGCCCACGGCGCCAAGUGGGCUCUCGUGUCGGUGCUGCCAGCUUGGCCCGAGCGCGGUGUCGAGAGCGACGCGCUUGCGCCCCGCGUGACCAAGCGCUGCGUGCGGGCGUCCCACGCACAACUUACCCACGGCUUCUUUGUGAGCUGCUUUGAGCGGCGGCCCGAGGAGCUGGCACCGGAAGCGCCGUCGCGCAAGCGGCCGGUCGACGCAGUGACGGCCCCGACCGCGGGCCAAGCGACAAAGAAGCAGAAGAAGAAGAAGCAGAAGAAGAAGAAGCCAACGACCAAGGCCGCCGAUGCGUAGACUGUAUGAGAAAGGCAAGGUAUUCUUCACAAGACUGCGAGUCUGUUGUCAUGUGGCUACGAGGAGAGGGACGCAAGUGUUUAAAUCAAGAGACUCGGACGCGCGAGUACAGGGCUAGCA